AUGAGAUUUCAGAAAAGUGCUGUGCUCUUUUUAGUCUUGCUCAUAUUUUUGGAAUGUGAAGCUUUUCGAUCUGAAGAUCAGGAAACUGUGGAAAGAUCGGAUGAAGAUCAAGAUCAAGAUCAAGAUCAAGAUCAGGAGAAUAAUCAGGAAUCAGGAGUCAGAAAUCAGGAAUCUGAAGACGAAGAUCAAGAUCAGGAGAACCCUCAGGAUUCAGAAGUCAGAAAUCAGGAAUCUGAAGACGAAGAUCAAGAUCAAGAUCAGGAGAAUACUCAGGAAUCAGAAGAAUCUGAAGAAGAUCGAUCAGCAGAAAUCAAUUCCGAGCUAAAAAACUAUGAAAAAGAGCUCGAUAAAAAUUCGCUUGCUUCAAAUUAUCCGCAACUCUUUCAUCCUCAUAAAAAAUACAAACUUCUGAGCACAAUCCACGAAAAUCAUCCAAAAAUCAUAGGAGAAGGAAAAAAUUGGCUGGAAAAAGUGGGACGAAAAAUUGAGGAAUUUCUAUCGGGAAGAGAUUUUGAUGAAGAAGAUGCGGAAGAAAAAUCGAAACUAUUUCAUAAUACUUCAGAACAUUUACUGGAGAUUUUGGAAACUUGUUUGCAAAUUUAUCAUCCAAUGUUGGAAUUGGGAGCCAAGAAAUCGAAAUUGUCGAAAUUUUGUUUGGAACAAGUUGCGAAACAAAGAUUAGAAGAGGUUCAGGAGGUACAUAACAUUAGAAAAAAACUAUUAGCAAUCAGGGUUAUGUGCUGGAAUCGUCCACCAUUGCUGAUGGAUGUAUGUUCUGAAAAAGAACUAUCAAGGGAUAUGAAGAAAAAAUAUCGAUUGAAUUAUGAACAUUUCAUUUUGAGAACUGGGAUUAGUGAAAAAAUCAGAUUGAUUUAA